AUGCGUGUCACCGCCCUUCUCGCCUUGGGCUGCUAUGCAGCUAUUUCACAUGCACAAGACGACCUUGAGGAUGCUGCAUCUUCCGUCUCUUCUGCUGCUGCUGAGGCUUCCAGCUCAGUUGGCUCGGUGGUAGAGUCGGUCACAUCCUCCGCUGUGGCCAAGCCAACUUUCACACCCACAACCCUCAAGGCACCUUUCCUUGAGCAGUUCACAGAUGAUUGGGAUAGCAGAUGGCAGGCCUCGCAUGCCAAGAAGGAGAACACCGAAGAGGAGUGGGCGUACGUUGGCACCUGGAGUGUCGAGGAGCCCUCCGUCCUUCGCGGUAUGCACGGCGACAAGGGCCUCGUACUCAAGGACAAGGCUGCCCAUCACGCCAUCUCUGCCAAGUUCCCCAAGGCCAUCACCAACAAGGACAACACUCUUGUCGUACAAUAUGAGGUCAAGCUCCAGGGCGGCCUUGAGUGCGGUGGUGCCUACAUGAAGCUCCUUCAAGACAACAAGGCCCUCCACGCCGAGGAGUUCUCCAACGCCUCUCCCUACAUCAUCAUGUUCGGUCCCGACAAGUGCGGCGCUACCAACAAGGUUCACUUCAUCUUCCGCCACAAGAACCCGAAGACUGGCGAGUACGAGGAGAAGCACCUGAGCAACCCACCGCCAGCUCGCAUCACCAAAACUACCACCCUCUACACCCUCAUCGUCCGCCCCGACCAGACUUUCGAGAUCAAGAUCGAUGGUGGCAGCGUCAAGAACGGCUCUCUUCUUGAGGACUUCAGCCCGGCUGUCAACCCCGAGAAGGAAAUUGAUGACGCCAAGGACGAGAAGCCUUCCUCCUGGGUUGACGAGGCCCGUAUCGCAGACCCUGAGGCCAAAAAGCCAGAGGACUGGGACGAGGAUGCGCCAUACGAGGUUGUCGACGAGGAGGCCACCAUGCCUGAGGACUGGCUUGUCGAUGAGCCAUCCAUGGUCGCUGACCCCGAGGCUGAGAAGCCAGAGGAUUGGGAAGACGAGGAGGAUGGCGACUGGGUCGCUCCUAUGGUCCCCAACCCCAAGGGUGAGGGUGUUUCUGGUCUUGGCCCGUGGGAGAAGCCAAUGAUCCGCAACCCAGAGUACAAGGGCAAGUGGAGCGCGCCUCAGAUCGACAACCCGGCAUACAAGGGUGUGUGGGCUCCUCGCAAGAUCGCCAACCCUGAUUACUUCGACGACAAGACUCCUGCCAAGUUUGAGCCUAUGGGAGCUAUCGGCUUCGAGAUCUGGACCAUGCAGAACGACAUUCUCUUCGACAACAUCUACAUCGGCCACUCCGAGUCCGACGCCGCCGCUCUUCAAGCCGAGACCUUCGAUGUCAAGGUCGCCGUCGAGAAGGAGGAAGAGGAGGCUGAGAAGCCCAAGCCUGAUGAGAAGUCUACCGACCCCAAGAGCCCUCUGGACCUGAAGUUCAUGGACGACCCAGUCUUCUACGUCAAGGAGAAGGUCCAGCUCUUCUUCGAGAUCGCCAAGCGUGAUCCCAUGGAGGCUGUCCGAUUCGUUCCCGAGGUCGCUGGUGGUCUGGCUAUUGGUCUUGUCACGCUUAUCCUGGUCGUUGGUGGGCUGAUUGGCGGUGGUGCCGCGGCCGCCCCUUCGAAGGAGGAGAUCAAGAGGCAGGCAGAUCAGGCUCAGGCUAAGGCGAAGCAGGUCAAGGAUCAGGUCGCUGACGCUGUCGCUUCGGGCACUGAGCAGGUCAGGGAUGAGGUGAACAAGAGGAGCACGAGGAGCUCGGCUCAGUAG